AUGUUCGGUUUCCACCGUCGCACCCGCUCCUUGAUUCCCGUCAAGGACUUGGCCAGGUAUGAGAAGGUCGCCGGUACCGAGGAGCAGGAGUUUCUGGCCGAGGAGGAUGAGUUCGAUUCGGAAACCACGGAACCCGCCGGCAGCAACCGUACCCAACUGACCUGGAUCUACGUCGUCUUCCUCGCUGAAGCCAUCAUGGCGUCCAGCCUGCAGCCCCAACUCAAGAUGCUCGUCUCCAGUAACGAACAGUAUUGCAGCACGCUCUCCGGCUCCUACCUCCGCAGCAUCCUCGACUGCGCCUACGCCUUCGGCGCCUCCGCCGGCAUCCUUUGGGGAUACCUUGCCGAUCGCGUGGGACGAAGGACCGUUGCGUUGGCAGGCCUGUACGGCAUGUCGGUGUGCUGCCUGUCCAUGGGCUUCGCUACUGACCUGAUCGCGUGCACCAUUCUCCGUUUUAUUGCUGGUCUCGUCAGCUCCGCAAUCGUCGUCAGUACGCUUACGAUGCUCGGUGACGUUAGUCGGAGCCCAGAGGAGAGGACGAAGAAUGUAUCCAGGCUGCCGAUUGUUGGCGUGUGCGGAUCCGUCGGCCCAUUGAUCCAGGGCAUGGUUGCCGGAAGUAUUAACGCCCAUGGCGCUAUCUGGGAGAAAUUCCCGAUCCUUAGCAGCCAAAUUGCGUGUGGCAGCUUGGUUCUUGUCAUUGCCAUUGCUGCCACCUUUGUUCUGAACGAGACGCUUCCUCAGACCUCCAACUCUGCUGACGAGUCCGACAUGGACUGCGAAAAGGCUGCUUUCCUAGGCCAAGCUCUUUCAGACGACGUUCCUUCGAUCCACAUUGUCGACUUCACGCGUCCCGAGCCGAUCUCCAUCGGCCAAUUUCUCCAGGCACCGUCCCUUAUUGUCCUCAUGUGCUCCUUCUGCUUGCUCUCACUCCAUGCAUCUUCUUUCGACGUCGUCCUCCCCCAUCUGGGCCACAGUAGCUCCAGGCAUGGAGGCAUGGGCAUCCCUUGCGACUGGCUUGGCUUGAUUCUGCUGGCAGUGCGCGCCAUCGCAGGGGCCAUCAUCCUCCGUGCCAUGCCCAAGAUCAUUGAAAAAUUUGGUCUUCUGCGACCCUUCCGCUCCUGCGCCCUCUUUUUCCCGGCCCUUUACAUCAUCACUCCUCUGCUGGCUUUCCUCACCAUGUGCUCGACCCCGGUCACAGCAAUCAUUUCUAGUGCAGCCAUUAUGAUCAAGCAUCUUCUUGCCGGGGGCGCGCAGGUUUUGGUGAUCCUGCUCAUGCUCAACGUCGCGCCCGAUGCCUUCUCGGCCGGAACAGUCAUCGGUCUCAUGCAGGCUGCCUCUCUGUUCAAGGCGCUCGCGGUCGCGGUCAGCGGCGCAAGCUUCUACCUCAGCACCGACUUCAGCGUGGCAACGACAAACUAUGCGCUUUGGACCAGUCUUGCCGUGUUUGGAGCGGCGGGUUCUGGGCUGGCGUGGUUUGUCCGCGAGCGGCCGAGCGUCGAGAGAGACUUUCCGGCGGAGGUGCUUUGCUGGGAAACGUGCUUCGAUGCAGAGGGAGAGCAGCAGGUGUAA